AUGACAGAGACUCGUGUUGACUUUAUCCCAAUAAGAACAAAUAAGAUACCAAGUGCAACUGCAAGGAUAAAUGCACUGAUCAACUAUCUGUGGAAAAAGAAACAGGAGACGGAUAUCAGCGUAUUCUUAGAAGAGCAAAAGCUCAUUCAACUGCAGUUCCACAUGUCUACAAGGCAAUGCCAACAUAUUAUGCAUAAAGACAGCAUUUUAAGUAGAGAAGUUCAAGAAGAAGAGUUGAGUAGCAUUGGUGAGGCAGAAACCAAGGGUAUAUUAAACAAUCUGGCUAGCUAUCAAUCAGUAGGUGCAUCUAAUUACUUGGGGCUUGUGCUGCAGUAUGGUAGCUACCAGACAAUCUUCGAAUGCAAACAAAUUAUAAAGACUUCGUCUUUAAUCACAAUUACUUGA